GGAAGAAAUAAAAGGUCGCACCGGGGAAGGAAUCGUCCUCCCGGCGAGCAGGGAAGGCAAAGGAGGAGGAAGCCGGUGCCUCGAAGCCUCUCCAUGGCAGGGAACUUUUGGCAGAGCUCGCACUACUUGCAAUGGAUUUUGGAUAAACAGGAUCUGUUAAAGGAACGCCAAAAGGACUUAAAAUUUUUGACAGAAGAAGAAUAUUGGAAGCUGCAAAUAUUCUUCACAAAUGUUAUCCAGGCUUUAGGUGAACAUCUGAAAUUAAGACAACAAGUUAUUGCCACUGCCACUGUCUAUUUCAAGAGGUUCUAUGCCAGAUACUCCCUAAAAAGUAUAGAUCCGGUACUAAUGGCCCCCACAUGUGUCUUUUUGGCAUCUAAAGUAGAGGAGUUUGGUGUAGUUUCGAAUACAAGAUUGAUAUCUGCUGCUACUUCUGUAUUGAAAACUAGGUUUUCGUAUGCCUUUCCAAAAGAAUUUCCUUAUAGGAUGAAUCAUAUACUAGAAUGUGAAUUCUAUCUUUUAGAAUUAAUGGACUGCUGUUUGAUAGUGUAUCAUCCCUACAGACCUCUACUCCAAUACGUGCAGGAUAUGGGUCAAGAAGACAUGCUGCUGCCACUUGCUUGGAGAAUAGUGAAUGACACAUAUAGAACUGAUCUCUGUCUGCUGUACCCCCCUUUCAUGAUAGCUCUAGCUUGCCUACAUGUGGCUUGUGUUGUCCAACAAAAGGAUGCUAGACAGUGGUUUGCCGAGCUUUCUGUUGAUAUGGAAAAGAUUUUAGAAAUAAUCAGGGUUAUCUUGAAACUGUAUGAACAAUGGAAGAACUUUGACGAAAGGAAAGAAAUGGCUACGAUCCUAAGUAAGAUGCCGAAACCGAAACCACCUCCAAACAGUGAAGGUGACCAAGGGCCAAAUGGAAGUCAGAAUUCUAGCUACAGCCAGUCUUAAGACAUUCCAAAGAUACUCACCGUGGACCAUUUUGGAUGAAGACACACUGGGAUUCGUUUUUGUUUUCCUUUGUGGAAGACAUGGACUGAAGAUUUCAAUAAUGGCUUUUCAGAAAGAACUUGAAGAAUAUUUCUGUGAAGCUUAUUGAAAGUUUUCCUUUAAAAACAACAUUUUGAAUUGUGCCACAAAAAGUUACCAGUCAGAUCAAAAGCCUUGGCUAAGGCUAGGAAAAACAAUCACCGUUCAGUUUAGGGAGGGAAGAAUUGAAUACUUUUUUUACUUAAAAAAGUGAAGAGUUUAAGAAACCAUGUUAAUAUGAAGCUGCGUGAGUGUAGCUGGAUUGUUCUUGCCCUAGUACUAAUUUGAGCACAGAAGGUGACUUGACAUGUUGGACUUGAAAUUCUGAUUUUCCAGGUACAAUGUAUUCUCUAAAUGCCAGUGGACAUUGUACAGGAAGGACGAUGCACUUCUUUAGUAAAUGACUGUAAAAAAACCCCUCAAAAGUAAGGAUACAUUUCAUUCCUCAUCUGAACUGUAAAAGUUAUGUUCUUGGUACAUAUAGCUAGCAAGUGGAACAUGAAAACCAAAAGAGUGCAAUAUGUAUAAUGCAAGUUGUGGCUGUUUUAGGGAACAACAUUUCACUUUUUCCAAGUUCUAGACUAUUGAGUCCUUGUAAAAACUGCAAGUCAAAAUUUGCAAUCGAAUCAAGUUGUGAAGCAAAGAAUCUGACCUAUUUGAGGUUGUACUGGUGAGUGUGUUGUGUGCUACAAGUUUGUCUGCCUUCAUUGUCGCUAAGAAUGAUUUUUAACAGGGGCCUCUUGAGAAAGCAGCAACUAUUGAGAUGGGAGAACCUCUGAUUCCAUAAUAAGUAUUUAUUGUAAAUUACUCUUAAGCAUCUAGACAAGCUCAGUUGCUCUUUUUUAAUCAGAGGGCCACAUCCUGUGCUUUUUUUUGCUCAGACAGACCUCCCACUGAAAAUGGAAUUUGGUUUAAAGCCCUAGGGUUUUAAUGAACUGACUGUGCAUUUCAUAAUGUGUUUGUUUCUUAUCUUCUUACAAGGUAAAAAUAAUAACCAGUUUUCAGUCUAAGAUCUUUUUUCUCCCAGAGAACAUCAUUAUACAGCUAUAGAAACAAAAGAACGUUGAUUGAAAUAGAAGUCUAGUCAUAUGGUGCUUGUUCUAAAACUUGAUUUUAAAAAAGCAGGAGUGCCUGCCUUUACUUGAUCUGUCAUUCAACUAAGUGUCACCAAAGUGUUUUUGUAUGCAAAUGAUUAGGCUCUUUGCACUUAACUGCUGGAAGUUAUUUUUAUCAAAUGUCUUUCCAUACUGAUUUACAACAACAUUUCUAUGAGACUUGAUGUAUUUCUGGCCUUUUUAAAUUCCCAUUAUUUGUUCUAUUUUUAAAUGCCAGUGAUCUUAUACCAUACCUUUGCUAACAUGAUUGGUUGAAGAGACUGUGUCCAUAGCAUUUUGAAAAUUAAUUGCAUUUUCUUGAAGGAUUAAACUUUAUUUGUAAUAUGGACUAGCUGUGUAGGAAUAAAAGCAAAUGCAGAUGGACAAGUUUGACUAGUUUUAUUCAAUAAUGAAAAAAUCAUGUCAAGACAUAUAAACCAGAUAUAACAAAAGAAUUGAACCCUUGUACCUAAAAAAAAAUAAAAAAUAGAUUGCAUCUUUCAUUAACUAUAGUAGGUCUGAGGCAUAGUUCCUAGCUACUACUAUUAUAUACUGUAGAUACAGUAUUCUGCUCACUUCUCCCUGCUUGAACAAAAGCAUAUUUCUGCUAGGAAAAAAUAACUGUAGUUUUCUUGCUAGCUUAGUCUUUAAUAUCUUUAUAAUACACAAAUUUCAUGUCAAAUCAUGACUGAAGGAGUCCUACAUGUAGUUUAAAGUAAAAUCACAUUCCAUCAUCACAGGCAAAGCUAAUGCUUAAAAUACCAUAAUGAUACAUUUCAAUUUUUUUACCUUAAACAUUUUAUUUAAGAAGAAUUUUAGGCUGAUCUGCCAGUCACUUCUUCUCCGAAGAUUCAUAUUCUGCCCAUUCUUUGAAGCCACCUGCAUAGUGCUUAGCUCUGAAAAAACACAGUUCAACAUCUGUAACACAUUUCACACUGUAGAAGUUAUUUCAGUUACCUGUUCUAGAGCAGUGUUACUUAAAAGUCGUGGUCCGUGGAUUGAUAUCAGUCCAUAAGCUAUUGGCUGUUUGUGUGUGACAAGUUUUGAGGAAAGAAACAAAAGCUGCAGUAAAUGGGCACAAAUAUGAUGUUCUCUGGUGCAGUCAGUGCUAAUCUUUUGAAUAUGGUAAAGGAUAAGGAAAUGAAUAUGAUGCAUACCUCAGAUGACAAACAGUAUGGUCCAUAUUAUCCUCUUAAUAUAACAACACCUCAUUUUGAAAUCACCCUAUUUAGUUUUUUCUGGACCACAACCAAGCGCUAGUAGAAUAAAGACUCCUGAAAUUCUGCUUAAAGUUAACAUAAAGCAAGGUUUCAAUAAGGUCUCUGGAGAAUGUGACAAAAUAGAGUAGAUAGAAACUACUUCAGUAGUUUCUUUAGUUGCAGCUGAACUUGCUUCAAAGGGGAAAGUUAUAAAAUGUCUGCAGGCAAUUUUCAUGGUCUGUUCUCACGGAACAUCUUAUUACUAGAUUUACAAGGAUCAAGCCCAUCUGUUGAAGCAUGCUUAUUCUGGGAAAUAAAACGUAUUGCUGCAAAUGUAAAUACCGAGUUACUUUCUCCACAAGAUUGUUUGUGCUAACUGUACAAGAUAUUUUGUUUAAACAUUGUUGCUUUAUUUAUUGUCUUGAAUUUGUUUCAUUAAUUUUCCAUUCUUUACGAAAGUGAUCUUUACAAAUGUUGCAAGAAAGUUUUUUUAUACUAAGUGGCUUAACUACUACUCUUGGGUGGUGUGACUUUUGGAUUGCUUGUAGUGCAAUUAAAGUGGACCAGCAUCUUUA